AUGUCACGAUGUGGGCGCAAGCUGGAUAUGUCGAGUGGUUACUGGCUCCCACGGCGGCUGCUUCUUGUGCGACACGGCGAGUCCGAGGCAAAUGUGGAUCGCGCAUUGUAUAGCAAGGUUCCGGACUGGAAGAUACCGCUGACGGCGCGGGGCCGCGAGCAGGCCUUCGAGUGCGGCCGGAGGCUCCGGAAGAUCAUAAAGAAUGAAAAAUUGUACGUCUACUAUUCUCCGUACACGCGCACCAGACAGACCCUAACCGAGGUGCGCAAGAGUCUACUGCCGUCACAGGUGCAAGGUGAGCGCGAGGACGAGCGGUUGCGGGAGCAGGAGAUUGGCAAUUUCCAACCACUGGACAAGAUGGACGAGAUGUGGGCUGAACGUAGUGAGUUUGGACGCUCGUACUACAGAUUUCCAGAUGGUGAAAGUAGUGUGGAUGUCGGCGACCGCGUGUCCAAGUUUUUCGAUUCCCUCUUUCGCGAACGUGUGGAACUAAAUUAUCUCUCGGCGCGGAAGCAAAUGAUCACUGGCAGUAGCAACGACGUCGGUCCUGCCUCGUUUACGGUACCGGACGACGAUGAUCAUAAUGUUGUGAUAAUAUCGCAUGGACUUUUGAUUAGGUUGUUUGUUGGGCGGUGGUAUUCGGCGCCGAUGGAAGUCUUUGAAACGAUGAAGAACCCACCCAACUGCGGGAUUGUCGUGCUGGAGAGGCGUGAGGCGGGGCGACUGGUGAUGACGGAUACUAGCAAGAAGCUUUUCGGCAGUGAUCCACUCUUAGAGAUGAUGAAGUUUGACGGAAAGGAUAAUGUUCAACUGUUUCGUCACCUGUUCGCUGAAGGUGGCUACUCCUUUUCCGCAGGCGAGGGAACGGACCGGUAA